AUGAUAAGUUUAACAAAACCUUCUUCAUCCAAAGGGGUUUUCCUGUUCACAUUAGUGUUUGGCCUCAGUUGUCAAGUUGCAUACACCAAAGCAGUGAUGACCAUAAAAGAUGACAUUCAAAAACUCAAUGAGAAGUAUAAAUUGCAAAUGAAUGUUGUCAUUGAUUUGAAGGGCAAUCAGAGCAUGGACCUGAUGGAAAACCUUGGCGAUCUUAAUGUUCCAAAAAUCCUUAUAAGCCAACCUGAGGCGGCCAAACACAACCUUUACAAGCUGUUCAAUAUGCAAAUGCUUGCCAUAGUCCAACUGGAUAUGACAAAUCUAAAUCUAACCUUAACCAUCAUGGAAAAAUUGUUGUGGCGUCGGCAUUUCAGCAAAAUUAUCAUACAGUUCAAAGGUGAUGAAACAUUGGAUGUCAAUAAGGACUUGCUGUAUCUCUUCCACAGAUGUUGGCUACAGGGGCAUACCUCAGUUCUGGUCUAUUGGCGCAAUACCACCUACACCUAUACACCCUAUCCCAGCAUUCAAGUGCAGUUGUUGCAUAGCUUUGGGGAUUUUACAGAGCAGCAACAGCAAGAUUUCCAACAAUUUGAAUUUUUUAUACCUUUUAUAGAGCUGCCACCGCGUUGCUUUAGUUAUUACAAUCGCAAAGGCCAACUCAUAAGAUCGGGUAUUUACUAUAAAAUAGUGCAGAACUUCAUAACGCAUUACAAUGGCAGCAUUAGGCAUGAAUUCUUCGACCCCUGGAGCACAAGCUUGAACCGCGAAACCACCAAUGAUCUGGUCACCCAUAAGGGCUAUAGAUUCAUUACCACUCUGUUGGCGCGCAAUGAGAACUAUGAGAGCAGCGAUGCCUUUCAUUUUGGAAAAUUCUAUUUCAUGGUGCCCGCAGGCAAGGAGAUCAAACAGAGCCUUUAUCUGUUUCUAUCCUUCCAUCCGCACAUGUGGUUGAUGAUAGCCAUUCUCUUGGCCAUACUGUUUUUGCUCCUAGUUGUUAUCGACCAUCGCAAGCAUGGCAAACAUGAAUAUUUGGAAUCAUUUUUCAAUGCCUUUAGGAUCAUAAUCUUCAUGAACGAUGAAAUAUUCCCAGGCAGGACAUUCUUCAAUUAUAUGCUGGACCUGCUGUUCCUGGUCAUUGGCCUGUUUCUUACCAAUAGCUAUGUUUGCAAUCUGUCCAGCAUGUAUACCUCGCGUAUUUAUGAACCCGGUUUGACCACCCUCAAGGACAUAGAACGCACUAAAUUGCGCAUCCAUGUGCAUUCUUUGGACUACGAUCAGUACAUGGCUGUGGAGAAUAUGCCCGCUGUGGUCUAUGAACGCAUGUUUGCUGGCAACAAUACCGAGUUUUAUUGGAAUCGCCAGACCUUGAAUUUUGUCACCAUGUUCGCCAGCGGUGCUGACAUUGUUGAAUAUCUGCUAUUCCAGCAGCUGUACAUGAGAAAGCCCUUCGCCGAAUAUAUUCCCGAGCCCAUGAACACCAAUCCCAGUACUAUAAUAAUACCCCAUCGCUCACCCUUCCUUGAGUUCUUCAAUCGCUAUUUGUCCUAUCUGAAGGACAGUGGAAUUUUGAACAAGUUUAGAACGGACAGCCAAUGGGACGGUGUGUUGGGCUCGAAUAUUCAUUUCUUUCAGGACACCGAAGUCAAUCGAUCUUUAUCAACGGAAUAUCUGCAGUAUGCUUUUGUCAUAUGGCUAAUUGGUGUUUCUUCGGCAUUCAUAGCCUUUAUUGGCGAGCUUAUGUGGUUUAAGAAAUAUGGGAAAAUUGAUCAGAAGACUCUAAAGAAAACUGUCCGAGGAGCACACCCAGAUAAACGUAUUCAAUUUACUAAUUAG